CGGGAAAGUGCCACCGCCUCCGCGGUUUCACUUUCGAUUUCGUCCCGUUGUCGGAGGCUGGACUUGUGGGGCUCCCAGAGCGGGCAUUCCGGGUCUCAGCCACGAGAUUUCUGAUCAGGAUUGUUACAAUGAGUCUACGGAAGCAAACUCCCAGCGACUUCUUAAAGCAAAUCAUUGGACGACCAGUGGUGGUAAAACUAAAUUCUGGAGUGGAUUAUCGAGGGGUCCUGGCUUGUCUGGAUGGCUAUAUGAAUAUAGCCUUGGAGCAGACAGAAGAAUAUGUAAAUGGACAGCUGAAGAAUAAGUAUGGGGAUGCAUUUAUCCGAGGAAACAACGGUAAUAUUCCUUCACUCUGUAGUGUAGUUGUACAACAUCUGAACUAA